AUGGUGGACGCGACAGUGGGGAGUGAGGGGCGCACCGUGAAGGUGAGGCUGCGGGGACCGGGGCUGAGACUCACAGACCGACUAGCGGAGGGCCCAGCGGGCCACCUUCCCUCGGGAGGACCCCCAACGCCGGUUACCCCGUUCGGCCGGCCCCCAACAAAGGCUCAGGGGAGGGGUGAGACGACCCCGACCCCGCGGAGCCCAGGACGCCCGCCACCGCGACGCACGCGCGGCAGGUGCCUGCCGGCAGGUGGGCGACAGCACACCCCCCGCACCCCGGCCUCCACCGCCCCGCGGCCCUGGGGCUGGGGCCGGGGGACACGCCGCGGGCGGAGCGGCCGCACCUGCCGGCUCUCACCUGCCGCACCUGCCCGCCCGCCCCCGCCGCACCUGCCCGCCCCGCGCCGUCCCCGAGGCCCGCUCACCUCCGCGCGGCCCGGCCCGGCCCCUCGCAGCGGCAGCCCCCGGCCCGCGCCGCUCCAUGCGCUCAGCCCGCCCUCGGCGCCGCCCGCCGCCCCCGGGCCGCCGCCGCCGCCCGCGCCAUCGCGCCGCCGCCCGCUCCGAGGGCACAAUGGAGCCGCCGCCGCGCCGCUCAUGCAUAUGCAUGACGCCGCGCCGCCGGCCCCGCCUCCCAGGCCAGAGCAGCGGAGCCCCGAGCCGGCGCGCCGGAGCCCGGCGGGGGGCGAGGGGCGGCCGCGGGCCUGCGCCGCCGCGGGACGGGAGGUGGGGCCGGGGCCGCGGGGCUGGGCGCGCGGGAGGCACGGCCCGACGGCGACCGGCGCCCCGCGCCCCCUCCACACCUUUCGGGACGCGGCGUCCGAGAGCCACGGCGAGCUUCCUGCUCGCCCCUUUCGAGCGCUUCUCUGCGGCCGCGCCUCGGAGCCCGAAAGAGCGCGGCCUGGCGAGGUACGGAGGCUUGCUGAGGGCCCGGGAAGCCUGGCUGCCGCCGAAAGCCGCACACUCACCUACACUGGUCCCUUCGCAGAGCCCCACGUCCCUACUGAGGUGUUCCGGCCAAACGAGCUGGCCUCUGGUCUGGUUGGGUCUUUCAGAUGCUAUUAA